AUGUCAGCAAUCGCCUCUUCCUCCUCUUCAGCCCCUCAACCAAACCCAGGAGGGAUCAUCACUCAACCUCCACCCCCAUCGACACUGAGAGAAUCAAGAAUCGCAACUCACAGUCAUAUCAAGGGGUUGGGUCUCGCCGACGAUGGGACAGCCAUGGACUUCUCACAGGGUUUCAUAGGUCAGAAUCUAGCGAGGGAAGCAUUGGGAUUACAUUUGAGUUUGUUGAAAUUGGGUAGACAUUCCGGUAGACCUUUGUUACUUGUUGGACCACCGGGGACUGGUAAGACCGCCCUCGCUCUCGCUCUCAGUCAAGAACUAGGCUCCAAAGUACCGUUCUGCGCGAUGGUGGGAUCAGAAGUGUAUUCUGGAGAAGUCAAGAAGACGGAAGUGUUGGGCAGUUGUUUCAGACGUGCUAUAGGCCUUCGAAUCAAAGAGACCAAAGAAGUGUACGAAGGAGAGGUGACCGAGCUCACCCCAUCCGAGGCUGAAAACCCCCUAUCAGGCUAUGGCAAAACCAUCUCACACGUUAUUGUCGGUCUCAAGACAGUCAAGGGGACCAAACAACUUCGACUGGAUCCAUCAGUCUACGAAGCUAUACAGAAAGAAAGAGUCGUUAUCGGAGAUGUAAUUUACAUAGAAGCCAAUACAGGUGCUGUCAAGCGUGUUGGUCGAUCAGAUGCGUACGCGUCAGAAUACGAUUUGGAAGCCGAGGAGUAUGUUCCCUUACCGAAAGGUGAUGUACACAAGAGGAAAGAAUUGGUACAGGAUGUUACGUUGAAUGAUUUGGAUAUGGCAAAUGCGAAACCUCAAGGAGGUCAGGAUAUCAUGUCUGUCAUGGGUCAGUUGGUCAAAGGAGGAAGAACAGAAGUGACAGAUAAGUUGAGGAAGGAAAUCAAUAAAGUGGUUGAUAAGUAUAUCGAACAGGGGGUGGCAGAGCUGGUUCCUGGUGUGUUGUUCAUCGAUGAAGUCCACAUGCUCGACAUGGAAUGUUUCACCUACUUGAACCGAGCACUCGAAUCGCCCCUUUCCCCUUACGUCGUCCUAGCUUCGAAUAGAGGUAUAUGUACAAUCCGAGGAACAGAAUAUGAUGGAAUAUUAGGAUCAUCAAGUGAAGGAAUUAGAUCACCUCAUGGUAUACCUAUCGAUUUACUGGAUAGAUGUAUGAUAGUGAAGACUUCGUUAUAUAAGAAAGAGGAAAUUAAAAGGAUAUUGGAGAUGAGAUGUAAGAUUGAGAAUAUUCAAAUUACAGGAGAGGCGUUAGAUAAAUUGGCGGAACAGGGUGAAAAGACUUCAUUGAGGUUCGUCCUGCAGUUACUCACUCCUUCGAAUAUCCUCAAUAAAACGAAGACUGGGGCAACCGGCGGAGGGGUCAGUAUGGAAGAUAUUGAAGAGUUGAAUGAUCUGUUUUUGGAUGCUAAGAGGUCGACGGGGAUAUUGAAGGAUUUGGAAGAUUUGGAAAAUAAGUAUUAG